CAAAAGGCGCUAGGGAUUUAUUAAGCUGUCAGCUAAUAAUUGGGUCGUCGUCAAAAUUUCUAUUAGAAUCGUUUUUUUUUUACAUAUUUCGGCAUAAAAAUCAAAUGAAGCGGCUACGCUAGAAACGAAGCUGCUCCAAUCCCGCACAGAACUGCCAGAAGCAGAGGGCCUGGCCACAAAAACAAAAGUAACCCAAAAACACAACUGGACUGGACCUGGGCAGGAUGUCGAACCUAUCCGUGGGCCAGAUGAUAAUGGACGCGCAGCGCAUGGCCAACCGGAUCAAGGACCUGGACGCCCUGGGCACGGCGCUCCUCGAGGAGGCGGAGAACAACAAUCGGCUGGUGGAGAGCCUGCGGCAAUACCAGGACGACAUUGAAGCACUCAACCGCAUCUCAAACAACAAGACCAACGCGGACAUGGUCAAUCGCAUCCAGCAGCAGAACAUCAACAGCUCCGAGAUCCUGAAGGAGAACCGCGAGCUGAAGAUCUGCAUCGAGGACUACGAGCGGGUCAUGGAGCUUAUGAUGCAGAAAUAUCGCGAGCACACCGUCUCCAAGGUCCUGGACAGCAAGUUCAGCUUCAAGGAGCUGUACAACGAGCGCAUGUGGCAGGUAAUUCGGGAGCAGCGCGAGAAGAUCAACGAAAUGGCCGCCGUGAUGCAGCGGGCGGCCAGUGUGGACGACGGGAUGGUGCAGAGGGAACUACAGACCAUUUCGCAGCUGCGCCUGGAGAACGAAACGCUGCGCGAACUGCUCCAGAUCUCCAAGCAGUACGGCUCCGCCCAGCGACCAAUUCGGGAGAGCGAUCACCUGCUGGAGGAGAAGGCUGUCCAGACGGACAGUAUUGCGGACGACUCCGCCGACGACCUGUCCAUAUCGGGCGCCUCGGUGGAGAACAUGAACAACAACUCAGUUAUCCAAAUGUACAGCAGCCCGGAGCAGCCGGUUAAGGCCGCCGCCGCCGCCGCAACCAAUAACUCAUUCACCACUGCCCCAGUUCACAGUCAAAAUGACACUCAAGCUCCCAUUGUGACGCCUGAGACGGCGGCUGCAGCGGCGGCGCCUGCUGAGCAACCUUUGACCAACGAAAACAACAACGGACCUGCUGUCAACCAAACCAGUACGCCGCCGCCAGCGACGACGCAAAACGAAUCCGGCGAGGAUCUGGCGGCUGUAGCGCCCGCAACAUGAUAGGCGCUGGUGCUCCACGUUGUUGAUUCAUUUGGUCUUCAUUUCGAUCGGCGCGCUGUUCCAUCAUAUUUAAUCACCCACUCACAAAACAGCCUGCACACGAAGGGGGCACACAUAACCUGCAUUAGGUCUUAGCGAUUGAUAAUCUCUAAGUAAUUUAUAUAUAAUACGCAUUGCAGCAUAAUGUCCAUACGCAUUGUAAACAAUGAAGUUCAUCAUUUAAACAAGCUAAACCCAAUCACUCACACAAAUGUAAUGUACAAUGUACUAUGUCGAUUUUAUGAUUUCUAAAUAAAUUCCAUAACAAAUCGAGGAUUAACCAAAA